CAUCUAUUCUGUUGAUUUUGUGAUUUUGGACAUAAAUGAGGAUGUAGAAGUACCUCUAUUUUAGUUAGAUCCUUUUUUGCCACCAAUAAGGCUCCAAUUGAUCUUGAAGGAUGCAUAUGAACAAAUCACCUAUUUUUUUUAACCUUUUUAUAGCGUGUAGCAUUCUUGUGUGCAUGAUGAUUUGGAUUAUUGUGAUAUUGUUGUUGAUUUCGAAUCAACACUCACCAUCACGAGUGAAAGUACUAACAAUUUCCUUGAGUUGUGUCUUGUGCUAGGUAAACAAGCAUUGAAGGAGCCACAACUUUUGGUCGAGCUUGUACCAAUAAUGACAAUACCAAGAUAAAGAGUCUUCAUCGACUACUGCAUGUUGAAUGGUUCCACCAGAAAAGAUCACUUUCCACUUUGAUUCAUUGAUCAGAUGUUUGAGAGACUAGUCGGACAUGACUUCUGCUGCUUCUUGUAUGAGAUGUCUGGCUACUUCUAGAUCCUGGUUUCUCCUAAAUACCAAGCAAAGACCACUUUCACUUGCCCCCUUGGUACAUUCGUCUACCUUAGAAUUCCUUUUGGACCUUGCAACGCUCUGUCCACCUUCCAUAGAUGGUAGAUGGCAAUAUGUGCAAGAUAAUGGGCAAUACCCUGGAAAUAUUCAUGGAUUUGAUGGUGGAAAACUUGUUCUAAGCCACCUUCAUAAACUUCUUAAUUUUCUCGAACUUCUUGGUACUUGUAAUCACAAAGGAAUUGACAAGUUAUUCAAGCCUGGAGAGAUUUUCCAGUUGUUGUUGAAUGAAAUCUUGCCUGCCUUGUGGUUGAUACGCUUAUGGCCGGAAGUUGUGAUCUAUGAAGGGUGGCCGUUGUUGGUAUUCUCCCAUUAGUGCUUCAAAACCGGGAGGUAUUUGAUAUGAACGAUGCCCAUGAAAAGUUAAGAUGUUGGUGCCACCCUGGACUAUAAGUAUUGUUGUAGCGUUUGUUACCUAACCGAACAUUAACAAUGAAAUCAACUUGGUCUUGGGGUGUGGUUUCCUCCAUCAUAGCUUGAAAAUCAUCUAGGGCAUGGCUUAGGAUUUGAAACCAUUCACAAAGAUUCACAUGAGCCUUGGAUUUGCUACUUGAAGGUGCUUCGUUGUUCUUCACCAUCUUGAUCAAAUCAUCUAUCUUCACCUCCAGUGAGGCACGAGACUCAGCUGAGUGUGUGCCCUUUUUCACUUAAAUUCCUUCCUCUUCUAGCGACUCCCUGAUCAUAUCCAAGAGCCACCAUCUCAUUAAACAAUUGUUGCAUUUGAGAAGGAGUCUUGUUAAACAUAUGUCCUUGGCAAAAGGAGUCGAUAAACAUAUGGUCUUCUAGAACGAAUCCAUUGUAGAAGGUACCGACCUUGAAGUGGUCGUUGAAUCCAUGGUGAAGACAUUGUGGGAAUAACCCUAUGUAUCUCUCCCAUGGAUUUUUAAGACUCUCAUCAUCUUCUUGGGUGGAGUGAGUGAUUCUUUACAAAGCUCGAUCGUCUUGGAUGAUGGGAAAUAAUGUGCCAUGAACUUCUCCAUUAAAUCUGUGCGAGAAGUGAUGGAGAGAGGUGCUUGGUUGUUGAGCCACAUAUGUUCUCAUCCACGUAAGGGAAAGGGGGAAAAUCAAUUGGAAUUCAUCUUGUGGUACUCCAUUCACCUUGAUCCCAUCUGUGAGCUCAAAGAAGUGGUUGAUAUGAUCUCUUGGUGCUUCAUGGUUAAGAGCAAAGAUCUGGAUGUUGUUUUGAAUCUUCAAGAUCCCACUUGUCUUGAUCUAAAAAUUGUUAGCUGCAAUGGGGGAUGUCAGAUGCUUGGUCGAAUAUCCUCAACCCCUGGGGUUAAGUAGUACCCCAUUGUCUAUUCCGCCUCACUCACUUGUUGUUGUUCUUCGACCAUUUCUUUAACUUUGACUCCUUCUGGAGGUUUGUGUGUUGCUAACCUCUCUCGAGCACUUUCCCUUGCAAGGAGUUGAAGGGUUUGAUUGAUGUUGUGGUCUAGCGAUUGCAAGUUCUCUGAAUUACUCCAGGUCGUAAACUAUGUGUAGCAACCUCAACAACACAACCGUGGAAAGCAAAGGUAAAAUGAGACAAAAUUAAAAGCUAAAGUAACAACAUUUCUCUUUUCUUAAUAACUUAGCCAUGUUCUCGACAACAAUGCCAAAUAGUUGACUGAUAACACCUAAAUUAGGCGUUAUUUAGCCCCUAUUCCCAAGGCAUUUCCAUGUUAAAUCACGUGUCUUGGCCACAUAUAAAGUUAUUUAUGGCUAUUUUCGCUCCUAUUUGCAAAAUAUCUGUUUUGGCAUAGGCAUUCUUGAUAUGAACGUUUUCAUGGGGGAACCGAACCCAAUUUGUCGUAUUUUAUGCUUUCCCAAGUGUUUGUGAUGAAAUUCCAGGUCUUAUAUGCAUUUGGUAUUGAUCGGGAAUCGAUUGGAGUUCAUUCGAGCACGAUUGGGAAGCAUAGGAGGAAGAAGGGGAGGAGAGGCACUAGUCAGGGUCAUGACCACCAGGCCAUGACUACGUUCGUGGUCUGAGGAUCGCAGUGGUGAACAGUAAUUGCAAACUUCAGCAGGUGACCAAGAAGAAGGCAGAAAGUUUCCCCAGUCGAAUCACGGACAUGGUGCAAUUUGACCGCGAAAAAGAUCGUGGCCGAUACACAAAGAUCACCGACACAAUCUUAUGAAGGAGGCCACGAUCUUGGAGCUUAAAGAUGGAGUCAAAACGCGUCAUUUCAAGAGAUUCAUAGAAGUUCCAGUUGGUCAAGGCCAGGUCACGGCCGUGACCAUCGGGUCACGCUCUCGAUGCCGUGACCACUGUCAGUAGCAUAUAAAUACCCCUCUUACUGCACUUUUCAAAGGAGAGCAGCCAUAGAGUGAGAAAGUUAGGGUUUAGGGUUGUUUAUAGAGAGGGAAACACCUUGUAAGAGUUUCAUUAAAAAUCCAAUCCAUUCAAGGAGCAAGAAGAAGGUGCAAACAAGGAGAAGAAGAUUGAUUCCAUCACUCCCUCUCUUCUAAUUUGUGUUUUCUUUCUCUCUCUAUGACUUGAAUCUCUAAUGGUUGUUUAGGUAAGAUGAACCCUAGUUUUUAGGUUGUGUAUGUGUGGGUUUUGAAUGAAUGUGUUUAUCUAGUUGAUUUUAAUGCUUAUCUAGAUUUUAUUGUGCUUUGUAAGUCGCCCUAAUCUUCUCUACUAGCCUACUUGAGCUUCUACACUAGGUAUGGAGCUUUAGGCUUAUACGGGUAUGUGCCAUAUUGUAGAUUAGGGUUAGAUGAAUGAAUAAGAUCUUGUGGUGGACGAGGCGAUCGUAACCCUGCCAUAAGAAUGCCUUCCUAGAUGGAACUCGGGUUGAAACCUCAGUGUAACACCCUGAAUUUUGGGUUUUGGUUCGACCAUAAUAUGUGAACGGUUGGAUUAACGGUUACGUAUGAAGGGUUGCAACCGUGGAGAAAGAGCAAUAAUAUUUAUUAUUAUUACAUUAACGAGAUUCAUACUAAACGAUCGUAUUACGGGAUCAACGAUUAGGUACGAAAAGUAAGCUCAAGUAAGUUGGACCAACCUAAUUACUUGGGCCAACUUAGGCCUUUAUGGUGGCAGCAGAAUUUUGGGUCUCGUGACGUCUUUGGGUUGACGGAAAGCGAAGCAAAGUUCGAUGAUGACAAGCGUUACAUUGGAGAUGUGGGCAAAGCUAGAUAGGGUAAGAGCAAAAGGGUUUGAUAAACACAAUAACGUGUAUACAUAUAUAAGAGGUGUGUGUCUUAUUCGCCGCCAGCGAUUGGGCAUGAAAGAGAGAGGGAGAGAGAGUGGUGCAGCUUAGAGGCGAUGGCAAUCCUGAAAUAGAUGCGCAUUGGAGAG